AUGCUAUACUUCACUUGGCUCCGCAGAUUUGGCUACAUAUUUCCGCCGCAGCUAAAGGUGAUAGACAACCGGGUGCUCAGCGAUGGGCCGAAUGCCGAAUCCAAGUGCAUUCUGCAGGGCUUCGGCUGCACCAACUGCAACAAGCAAGUCUCCGUCUGCGGCUCUGCUCUAGAUCAGAUGCCUGGAACGCUGUUGUUAACGUCAAAGCGACCAUUCAAUCUCUGCUCCAUGCCAUCACGAGAUUUGUCAUUCCAGUCUGAAGCUAGCCCUGGGGUUUUCAGGAAACCUAAUGCUGUAUGGACAUAG